AUGGAGUGGCGAGUGACUUGCUGUCAGACCGUUCAACCCAAGGUCUUGAUACAUCACCUCUCUGAAAUGGGCAGGUUGGACAGGUCCCAGUCAAUCAUCGAUUUUUCGGUGCAGUUUGACUUCGCUACAACAGACCCGGUCACCUCCGAAGUCCAAAUGGCAAAGGAUUGCCGACAAAACAAGCUCUUCGAGUGCCGCUGGUGGUGUAUGAGGCUGGCGUGCGCGGACAAAACCCAUUUUCCAGAAAGUGAUGUAAACGACAUCGUCACCGAGAACCUUCGAUCUCUCUUGGUGCACUGCUGUGACGUGGAUGUAUCCGUGAGACUUGCUGCGCACCAUCUUGUUGAGAACUAUGCGUGUGGCGGCCUGCCUUUUGUGCAGCAAUUGAUUGCCGAAGCCAUGCUUGACCGGAUGGAAGACCUGCUGCCAGAGUCCGUUGAAAUCAGCAAAGAGGCCCUGGAGCAGGCAAUGCAGUGUGCAACGCAUCUUACUAGCAUUCUGCGUGCACUGACGAAACCUCAACGUCAGAAGUGGGUGUCCUUGCUGGUCAGAGCCCUCCAAAAUGUGGAGCAGGACCAAGACCAGGAGACACUGAUUUCUGAUCUGAAGAUCCUGUGGCGAGUUGAUGGCGAUCCGCGACGAAGCUAUGCGGAAGCAGAGCAGCAACUAAAAGCUUUCUCAAUGCAUGCCAACAGGCAUUUGCAGACGGAGAUUUGGCAUCUCCACUACUGCUGA